AUGCCCCGGCGUCGCCGCAGCUCCUGUGCCCAGCAGGUGGCGCCCGAGGGGCUCCCCGGCGGUGGCGAUCGCAGACGGAGAGACCCGCUGCUGCCGAGGCUGCCGCUGCCCGAGCUCCGAGCAGCCUCUGGCGCGGGGGCCUCCGGGGGCUCCAGGGCUUCGGAUGGCGGCGCCGAGUGGUGGCAGGCCCUCGCGUGUGAGUCCUCGCACUCGGAUCCCGGGGUGGGCGUCAGGCGCCCCCGGUCGCGCCUGCCCGUCCUGCCCACCGUGGCUCAGCGCGCGGCGCGGAACGGGCCAGGGCUGAGGUCGCUGCUGCUGCCGCCCAUGCUCUUGGCCGGCGAGACCCGGGACCGGCGCCCCGGGCCUGGACAGUGCAAGGACCCCCGCAGGGGCUCGGCCAGGGAGAACCCCGACUCUUUGGGCGACCUCCUAGGAGAGUUCCCCCCCAGCCGGUCCCGGCAGUUCCUGCGCCAGCUCAGGGCUGAGUCUGCGGAGCAGCCGCGACCACCGAGGGAGGCCCCUACGGCCCCCACGGGGGGGGGGCUGAGUCAUUUCCGGGGCCAGUCAUUGUACUUCAAGAAUAGUCUUAAGAAGAUUUUGCUCCAUCACAUACCUGCCCUAGGGCCCUUCAGGAGAGAUCACUCACAAUUCACCACGGUUGAGAAGACCAAUCAUAAGCCCCACGCUACACAGGCCCCCAAGCUCAAGGCCGUGCUCACCCACAACUACUCGGGGGAAGGCUCAGGGCACCGCAGGCGGUGUUGCCCUUUCCGCGUGCGGUUUGCGGAUGAGACGCUACGGGACACAGCGCUCCGCUACUGGGAAUGCAGCUGUGCAGUCCGGCAGGGCAUCCUCGAGAACAGGACAGCCAGCGGGUCAGCAGCGUCGGAGCAGGUGUUCGGGAGUGUCGGGAGAUGGCUGGAGAGUUUGCCCAAAGCCCUGUAUCCCAGGGCCAAGGAGGACACCAUGGCCAACUCAUUCGGCUGGGACUUCCCUGGCCUGUCCACCCUGGAGCCGAAGGGCCACCUCUCUGAGGACACCUCUAUGAACAGCAGCCUGCCCUUCAUCCCCAGAGGCAGCGGGGGGACCUCAAAACCUUUCUGGAGCAGCUCUGGCCGGGGUCCUGCAGGGGACCUGCUCAGGCCAGGAGGAGGGCCAGCUGGGGUGCGCUGGCAGGCCCUGCGCACCGAGGACUAUGCCAGCCCCUUUGGGAAGAUGGGGAAACUGAGGCUCGGAGAGGAAGAGCCCAAAGGGCAGAACCAGUCCAAGGUCACACAGUGCUUGGCCCCGCCCUCCGCGCUGGCCGACCCGUCCCGUGGGCCUGGCACCCGGAGCCCCGCUUGGCGUGUGACCUUGGGCAAGCCCCUGUCGCUGUCCCAGGCCUUCAACAAAAAGGGGUUUGGACCUUAUGUCCCCCCAGGGAGAGUGUUCGGCUCUGCAAACCUCUGGGCACCACACCCUGAGCUGGGCUUCAGGGGUGCAGCUGUGAACGAGGGGGCCACAGUCCCUGCCCUCAUGGCGCUUUCAGUGUAG